AAAAAAUAUUUGAGUUAUAAUUAUUUUAGUUUAGAAAACAUUUUUUUUAAAAAAAAAAAAAGUGGAAGGAUUCUUAUGGGUAGUUGGAAAUUUAUUAGGUUCAAUUCUAAAUCGGUUUAAUACCCAAGUUAGUCCCUCUAAAAUUCAAAAUUAGCCCUUUUAGUCCCUCUAUUACAAUUUAAUUAGAGAUGAUUUUAAGGUGUUGGUUGAUUAUGCAUUGGAGUUGAGAGUUGCAAACCCUGGAAGUAAUGUGCAGAUUGUCUUUGAAAAGUAACAUCAAGAUACAUUACCUGUUUUUCAGAGAAUGUACAUUUGCAUCAAAGCUAUUAAAGAAGGGUUUCUUUAUGGGUGUAGAAGGCUUAUAGGUGUUGAUGGUUGUUUUUUGAAGGGAUUAAUGGGGCAGUUAUUUGUGGCAGUGGGAAGGGAUGGGAACAACCAAAUGUUGCCUAUAUCAUGGGCAGUAGUUGAAAAAGAGACAUCUGAUAGCUGGAAAUGGUUUCUUCAACAGCUACAAGAAGAUCUUUGCAUUGGUGAAGGUUUAGGAUGGGCACUAAUAAGUGACAUGCAAAAGGGCCUAAUCAAUGCAGUUAAUACCCUCUUCCCAUUAAUUGAACAUAGGAUGUGCGCUCGCCAUAUUUAUGCUAGAUUUGGAAAGCAAUUUCCUGGCAAAGAAAUGCAGAUCCAAUUUUGGAACACAUCAAGGGCAACCUACCAACCUGAAAUGCAAAAACAAUUACAAAUAAUGAGAAAUGUGAAGGGAGGGACAAAGGCUGUGGAGGUAUUAUUAGAAAGAUGGCCCAUUAGCAGUUGGUGUUUGGCUUGCUUCAAUGAUGUUGUCCAAUGUGAUGUCAUCGACAACAAUAUGUGUGAAACCUUCAAUGGGGUGUUGGUAGAAACUAGAGCUAAGCCUAUUAUAAGCAUGCUCGAGGACAUUAGAAAAUAUGUGAUGAACAGGAUUGUUGUAAAACGAGAGUAUGCAUUGAAGUGGGACUUUGAUUUAGGACCAAACAUAGUUGCUAAACUUGAAAAGGAAAGGAACAAGUGUGCCAAAUGGCACAUUGAAUGGAAUGGAGCUACAAGCCAUGAAGUUUCUUGUGAUGAUAUACUGUCGCAAGUUAAGGAGAGCUAUGUUGUUGGGUUGCCAAAUAGGAGUUGUUCAUGCGGGAAAUGGGAUAAAAGUGGGUUGCCAAAUACUUGUUCUUUUAUGUUUAAUGGUCAGGCUUUAAGGAAUAGGAGGUUUGCUUCAAGAAGAACCAAGAAUGAAGAAACAAAUCAUCAGGCCUGCAGAACAAUUGAAGCUCCAAACAUUUCAACUACACAACAAGAAGCUCUGGAAAUCUUAGCCACACAACAAAGCAUGACAACAACUGAAUCUAAGGAAACUCCUCAAAUGUCAUCAGUUAAAGCUACACAAGAAAGCAUGAUAACAGAGCAUGUCAUCAGUUGAAGCUCUUAUUUGGGGAUAGUUUUUUGUUAUAUGGGUUUAAAAUUUUGUUCAAACUCCACAAAUGUUAGGACCAUAUGAAUAUUGUUGACAUACAACUUUGGUAAUUUUUUGGAAGAUUGUAUGCCAUUUUUGGGUCAUAUUUUGGUUCUUCCAAUAUGGUUACUACUUUGUUUAAUGUCUCUUAGGU